CAUGUAACAUUAUCACACUUGUUCUUCCACAUUAAUAGGUGAAUGAUAACUUCCUUUAAAUUAUUUAUUUUAUUUUAUUUUAUUUUCUAUGGAAACCUUCCUUUAAAGUUUAUAAUUUUGAAAAGAGAAGAUGGGAGUUACAAUGAAGUUUCGGGGAAAGACAAGACCUCGGACAUCCGAUUAAGUGUAUAAAAGUAUGAGCUACAAUCUUGUUCAUCAAUAAAAACAAACUUAUUUUCUUUGAUAAUUAACCAUGGAUUUACACCUCCGUAAUCCCAGAAACACAAAAUAUACUACCCACUUUGAUAUUGACUUUCCCUUCCCUGCUAAAACUCAUUGUCGAUGGAGUUUGCCAUGCAAAACCCUACUUUUCAUUGUUAAACUCUCCAAAAAGGUUGUGAAAAAUAACAAUCUAAUCAAAAGGGUGGUUGUCCGCUCUCCGUCCUACAUCGCCCUCGAUGUUGAUGUCGAUUCUGAUCCUGCUUCGUCUAUCCAUGGCGACGUCGUUGACGGAACGUUAUCGUCGUUCCCUUUAACCUUUUCUAUUGACCAAAAAACCCUCACUUCCAUGACCAGGGAAAAGAGUCUUGAAUCUCUUUCUCAACUUGGUAGUGUAAAGCAUCUUGCUUUAACGCUAGGAAAUAACAACGCACUUGGUGUAAGUAGUACGAAUACUAAUGACCUUAUCCACAGAAGGACUGUAUUCGGGUCGAAUUCAUUCCAAAAACCACCUAAGAAAAGCUUUCUCAGGUUUGUUGUUGAAGCGUUAAAAGAUACCACAAUCAUUAUACUUUUCGUUUGCGCAUGUCUUUCCUUAGGGUUUGGUAUGAAACAGCGUGGCCCUAAAGAAGGAUGGUAUGAUGGAGGAAGCAUAGUCAUUGCUAUCCUACUUGUUAUUUCUGUGUCUGCCAUUAGUAACUUUAAGCAGAGCCGACAGUUCGAAAAAGUCUCCAAUGUUAGCAGUGACAUACAGGUUGAAGCGUUGAGAGAUGGGCGUCGCCAACGUAUAUCCAUUUAUGAAGUUGUUGUGGGUGAUAUCGUGUUUUUGAAGAUAGGAGAUCAGAUUCCUGCAGAUGGGUUAUUCUUGGACGGACAUUCUUUGAAGGUGGAUGAAUCAAGCAUGACUGGAGAAAGUGAUCACGUCCAAGUAGAUGAAAAGAAUAGUCCUUUCUUGUUCUCUGGCACAAAGGUCACUGAUGGUUAUGGAAGGAUGUUGGUUACUUCAGUUGGGAUGAACACUACUUGGGGUGAGAUGAUGAGUUCUAUAAGUAGAGACUUGGAUGAAGAGACUCCGUUACAAAAACGGCUUAACAAGCUAACCUCAUACAUUGGUAAGGUUGGCAUUCUUGUUGCAUCACUAGUUUUUCUUGUUCUGUUGAUUCGUUACUUCACCGGACACAGUAAAGAUGAACAUGGAAAUAGAGAAUUCAAUGGAAGUAAGACAAGAACAAAUGAUGUAAUGAAUGCAGUCAUUAACAUUGUUUCUGCAGCUGUAACCAUUAUAGUUGUAGCCAUUCCUGAAGGUCUUCCUUUAGCUGUGACAUUAACCCUUGCAUAUUCAAUGAAGAAGAUGAUAGGAGACAAUGCCAUGGUGAGGAAGCUCUCAGCUUGCGAGACUAUGGGGUCAGCCACUACCAUAUGCACCGACAAAACUGGUACUCUCACUCUUAACCAAAUGAGUGUUACUGAAUUUUGGCAGGGCAAACAACUUGUUCAAAUGCCUCUCUCUUUAUCAGAGAAUGUAGUUGACUUGCUCCAUCAAGCAGUUGGCUUGAACACAACUGGAAGUGUCUGUCAAUUGCCGUCUGAAACGAUGCCUGAGAUAUCCGGCAGUCCCACUGAGAAAGCAAUCCUAAAGUGGGCUGUUUGUGAUUUGAAGAUGGACAUGGAUAAACUGAACAAAAGCUUUGAGGUUUUGAAAGUUGAGGCCUUUAACUCGGACAAAAAGAGAAGUGGGGUUAUGGCUAGGAUGAUGAAUGACGAUAGGGUUCAAGUGCAUUGGAAGGGAGCAGCUGAGAUGAUAUUAGCUAUGUGUUGGAAUUGUUAUGACCAAAGUGGUAUGCUUGUGAGGUUAGAGGAAGAAGAUAGGAAUCUUUACCGGGAAAUAAUUCAAAUGAUGGCAUCUAAAAGCCUAAGGUGCAUUGCCUUUGCUCACAAACAAGGACACAAAGAUGACACCCAACAGCUUGAUGAAGGUGGCCUAACUUUGCUGGGUAUAGUUGGAUUGAAGGAUCCAUGUCGACUUGGAGUUCGAGAAGCUGUGGAAUCCUGCAGGAGAGCAGGAGUUAGUGUCAAAAUGAUCACUGGGGACAACAUAUUUACUGCAAAAGCCAUUGCUAUAGAAUGUGGAAUACUUAACCCAAAUGAUCAAUUAUUGCAUGAAGAUGAUGCUGUUAUACAAGGCAUUGAGUUCAGAAACUACUCACCUCAACAAAGAAUGGAAAAAGUGGACCACAUUCGAGUAAUGGCAAGAUCAUCCCCAUUUGACAAGCUCCUCAUGGUACAAUGCUUGAAAGAGAAAGGUCAUGUAGUGGCAGUAACAGGUGACGGUACAAACGAUGCUCCAGCUCUUAAAGAAGCUGAUAUUGGCUUAUCAAUGGGUAUUCAAGGCACUGAAGUUGCAAAAGAGAGCUCUGAUAUAGUCAUCCUAGAUGACAACUUUGCUUCUGUUGUCACCGUAUUGAAGUGGGGUCGUUGUGUGUACAACAACAUCCAAAAGUUCAUUCAGUUCCAACUCACUGUAAAUGUGGCUGCCCUUGUAAUCAACUUUGUGGCUGCAGUUUCUUCAGGAAAUGUUCCUUUGACAGCAGUCCAACUUCUAUGGGUGAACUUGAUCAUGGAUACCUUGGGAGCAUUAGCUUUGGCCACUGAAGGGCCAACGGAUGAUCUCAUGGAAAAAACCCCAGUAGGAAGAACUGAGCCACUAAUAACAAAAGUGAUGUGGCGAAACCUUAUUGCACAAGCAAUUUAUCAGAUGGUUAUCUUGUUAACCUUGCAGUUCAAGGGCCAGUCAAUCUUUGGAGUAGGGGAGAGCAUGAAGGACACCCUCAUUUUUAACUGUUUCGUGCUCUGCCAAGUAUUCAACGAGUUUAAUGCAAGAAAGCUGGAGAAGAAGAACAUAUUUAAAGGAAUUCAUAAAAACAGGUUGUUUCUAGGGAUAGUUGGAAUAACUCUUCUUCUUCAAAUAGUCAUGGUGGAAUUUCUCCAAAAAUUUGCAGGCACUGAGAGGUUGAAUUGGGUUCAGUGGAGUGUAUGCAUAGGAAUUGCUGCCAUCAGCUGGCCCAUUGGUUGGCUUGUAAAAUGUAUUCCACUUCCCAGCACGCAGAAUAAUCUCUCGGCCCACAGUAACAAGACCUGUCGCAGACCAUUACACAACCAUCAGUAUUAGUCAACUCAUGUUAAACAAAGUUUAUGCUGAUAGCAGUCUGAGCCAUUGUUAAUAAUUUUAACCAGGUGAUUUAGAAGUAAUACAAUUUUUGACUAUGACAACUACUCAAGACUAUUAUGCUUCUACUUUACUUUUACUAUAUAAGCAAAUCCACUUCGAUAUCAGAUGGAAGGUACAAAGUAUAUGACGCGUAUUACAACGACAUUUAUUAACAAUCCGAACAAGAAGAUUACUUUUUUUCUGCACCCUAAAUAAAGCAAGGAAUGCAUAGCAGGAGUUGAUUUUUCUUGUUUUACACUUUCACUAGAGUGCUUCGUUAUGUGACUAUAAUCGACUGUCAUGUAAUUUAACUUAUUAGAUGACUUUGAGUCUUCUAUCUUAUGUAAUUUACUUAGUAAAGAAAGGAUGAAAUUCCAAGACUGUCUUCCUAAUAGAAAUAUUUUUUCUUAUCAA